AUGUUUAUAGAAUGCUAUGCUUCGAUCCUUCUUCGUGGGAAGAGAACCGCCAGCUUCUCGUUUGCAUGCGCUGGCCUCAUUCUUGUCCCAGGAAAGAGCAGCUUUCGAUCGCACUUCCCUCUUUCGCUGUCACGAUUCAACAUCCCCGCCCCUUCGUCUGAUUGCCGCCAUCCCGUGGUGGAGCCGGACGUGCUGCUGGUCCCUCUUCUCGGCUUCGAUCGGAUUGGACGGCGCCUUGGCUACGGCGGCGGCUUUUACGACCGCACGCUCUCGGACCUGCGCAGAAGACGGGGGACACACGAGAAAGCUGCUCGGUCACAGAGCAAGACAGACUGCUUUGGCCCAGCAGGCCCCGUCUCUGAUCGCCUCCGAACGGCGGAGCCUUUGAGGCGGACAACGAAGGCCUCCUUACCCCUCGUGGUCUGUGGAAUCGCUUUCGACUGCCAAGAAGUCGACGAAAUCCCCGCUGAAGGAUUCGACGAGCCUCUCGACUGCGUCCUCACCGAAAGCGACUUGAGAAUCUUCUCCCCGGAGCUGGCAGAGAAAGUCGCGUAG